GUUUUCUGUUGGUUUUGAAAAUGGUGGGGGGGGGGCAGACUUUCCAAGUCAUGGGCGGCUAUGGCCACGCGACCCACCACCACCGCCCCACCUAUCAUCGCCGCCCCCUGCUGAGGUGGAAAAUGGGUAUCAGCCUACCAUGCCCAGUCGCCCAAAAAGGAAAAACAGCUAAAGUUGAUACCUUCAUGCUUGGCAGUUGACAAACCAUUAUAAUAAGAGCCGGAGAAAAGGAGUUUAUAAACAGCCCUCUCUUGCCAUUCAUUUGCUCUUCCUUCAGCAUUCAACUCCCAGUCGCAGUCGCAGAUAUCAUCGCGAAGGAUUGUAGCCAAUGGCUGACGCCGAGGACAUUCAACCUCUUGUCUGCGACAAUGGCACGGGAAUGGUGAAGGCUGGUUUUGCUGGUGAUGAUGCUCCCAGAGCAGUAUUUCCAAGUAUUGUCGGUCGACCUCGGCACACCGGGGUCAUGGUCGGGAUGGGCCAGAAGGAUGCUUAUGUCGGAGACGAAGCUCAGUCAAAGAGAGGUAUCCUCACCUUGAAAUACCCGAUUGAGCAUGGGAUAGUCAGCAAUUGGGAUGACAUGGAGAAGAUUUGGCAUCACACUUUCUACAACGAGCUCCGAGUUGCUCCUGAAGAUCACCCUGUACUUCUUACAGAGGCACCUCUCAACCCUAAGGCCAAUAGGGAGAAGAUGACGCAGAUCAUGUUCGAGACAUUCAAUGUGCCCGCCAUGUAUGUAGCCAUUCAGGCUGUGCUGUCUCUCUAUGCCAGUGGCCGUACCACAGGUAUCGUCCUAGAUUCUGGCGAUGGUGUUUCCCACACGGUACCAAUUUAUGAAGGAUAUGCUCUUCCGCAUGCUAUUCUUCGGUUGGACCUUGCCGGUCGGGACCUGACUGAUGCUUUGACGAAGAUCCUAACAGAGAGAGGAUACUCUUUCACCACGACUGCAGAACGGGAAAUUGUCCGUGACAUGAAGGAGAAACUAGCAUAUGUUGCCCUUGAUUUCGAUCAGGAGAUGGAGACUGCCAAGAGCAGCUCAGCCCUUGAGAAAAGUUAUGAGUUGCCCGAUGGGCAAGUCAUAACAAUUGGAUCCGAGAGGUUCCGAUGUCCAGAAGUGCUGUUCCAGCCAUCUCUGGUUGGAUUGGAAGCCCCUGGAAUUCACGAAACCACUUACAAUUCAAUCAUGAAGUGCGAUGUUGAUAUAAGGAAGGAUCUUUAUGGUAAUAUUGUGCUUAGUGGAGGGUCAACAAUGUUUCCUGGAAUUGCUGAUCGAAUGAGCAAGGAAAUCACUGCCCUCGCACCCAGCAGCAUGAAAAUAAAGGUUGUUGCGCCUCCUGAGAGAAAGUACAGCGUCUGGAUUGGAGGUUCAAUUUUAGCAUCCCUUAGCACCUUCCAGCAGAUGUGGAUAACAAAAGGCGAAUACGAUGAGUCAGGCCCUUCAAUUGUUCACAGAAAAUGUUUUUGAGUCAGUUGAAGCGACUGUUGAUGGGUCAACCUCUUUGCACUUGGUUUAUGUAUACCCUCAUGUGUUCAGUUUGGUUUGCUUUUACAAGUUGUGGGAAUUGCAGAUUUUGGAUUGAUAGCUUGCAAGUCGCAAUAUGUCAAAUUCUUAAUAGGUCUUAGAAGCCAAGAUCGAUAUCAGCAACUAGUUAAAGAGUACUCCAUUAGAUGGAGUGGUAUUGUGUUUUUUCAGUUUGAUUUUUUGACCCUUGUUUUUUCUAGGCAUGUUGUAGGUGGCUAGGUGCUUUACAUUAGUAGAGGCCGAAAGAGUAAGGAAUCGAUCAUUGUCAUUACUGCUAUUGUACAUUGUACAAGACAAAAUAACUGGUUUCAGAUGUUGUAUCGUCGCCCAUUUUCGUCAAACGGGUUCUAAGGUUUGCCAUUGAUGGACAUCUUAGAACUUUAUUUGCUUAUGAGUUUUCUUAGCUGGUUUUCUUGCUGAA